AUGUCACCAGCUGUGUCUCUGGCUGUGUCACCAGCUGUGUCUCCACCAGCUGUGUCUCCUGGCUGUGUCUCCACCAGCUGUGUCCCAACUGUGCCCACCAGCUGUCUGUGUCUCCACCAGCUGUGUCUCACCCAUGCUCCACCAGCUGUGUCCAUCAACUGUAUGUCACCAGCUGUGUGUCCACCAACUGUGUCUCCACCAGCUGUGUAUCACCAGCUGUGUCUCACAGCUGUGUGCUCUCACCAGCUGUGUCACCACCAGCUGUGUCUCCACCAGCUGUGUCACCAGCUCCACCAGCUGUGUCUCCCCAGCUGUCUGCACCAGCUGUCUGCAACUGUUAUGUCACCAGCUGUGUGUCAGCAGUGUGCUCCACCAGCUGUGUCUCCAUCUGUGUCCCACCAGCUGUGUCUCCUCAGCCUGUGUCCCCACCAGCUGUGUCUCCUGCACAAGCCCCACCAGCUGUGUCUCCAUCAGCUUAUUGUCUCCACCAGCUGUGUGUCUCCACCAGCUGUGUCCCCACCAGCUGUGUCUCCACAGCCAGUCCCCACCAGCUGUGUCUCCACCAGCUGUCCUCCACCAGCUGUCCCCAGCUGUGUCUCCAUCAGCUUUGUAUCAGCUGUAUGUCCACCAGCUGUGUCCCCCCGCAAUGUGUCUCCAUGCUGUGUCUCCACAGCUGUGUCCAUCAGCACCAGUGUCCUGUGUCUCCACCAGCUGUGUCUCCACCAGCUGUGUGCUCCAUCAGCUGUGUCUCUGCAACAAUGUCCACCAGCACAGCCCAUGUCACACCAGCUGUGUCUCCACCAGCUGUGUCUCCACCAGCUGUGUCUCCACCAGCUGUCUGUGUCUCCAUCAGCUGUGUCUCCACCAGCUGGCAAUGUCACCAGCUGUGUCUCCUGGCUGUGUCUGCACUGUGUGUCUCCCAUCAGUGUGUCCACACCAGCUGUGUCUCCACCAGCUGUGUCCAUCAGCACCAUAAUGCUCCAUCCAGGCCAGCCAAUGCUCACCAGCUGUGUGUCCAUCAGCAAUGUCCAUCAGCGUAUGUCCACCAGCUGUGUAUUCCCGUCAUGUUGUCACCAAGCUCUCCAUCAGCUGUGUCUCCACCAGCUGUAUGUCACCAGCAAUGUCCAUCAGCUGUGUCCAUCAGCUGUGCUGUCUGGCUGUACCACCAGCAUGUCUCCAUCAGCUGUGUAUGUCACCAGCUGUCUCAUCAGCUGUGUCACACCAGCUGUGUCACCAGCUGUGUCUCCAUCAGCUGUGUCUCCACCAGCUGUGUCUCCAUCAGCUCUGUGUCACCAGCUGUGUCCCCACCAGCUGUGUCACCAGCAUGUGCCACCAGCUGUGUCUCCUGCAUGUCUCCACCAGCUGUGUGCCCAGCAUGUCUACCAGCUGUGUCACCAGCAAUGUCACCACCAGCUGUGUCUGCACCAGCUGUAUGUCCCACUGGCUGUACCAACUGUGCCCCACCAGCACCAUGCACCAGCUGUAUGUCACCGCUGUGUCUCCACCAGCUGUGUCACCAUCGGCUGUUAUCCACCAGCUGUGUCUCCAUCAGCUGUGUCUCCAUCAGCCUGUGCCAAUGCACAGCUGGCAUGCCAGCUGGCCAGCUUAGUGUGUCACCAGCUGUGUCUCACCAACUAUCCACCAGCUGUGUCCAUCAGCUGUGCUCCAUCAGCUGUCACCCAUCAGCUGUGUCUCCAUCAACUUUACCAGCUGUGUCACCAGCUGUGUCUCAUCAGCUCUGUGUCCACCAGCAUGUCACCAGCUGUGUCCCCACCAGCUGUGUGCUCCAUCAGCUGUGUGCUCCACCAGCAACCAAUGCCCAUCAGCUGUGUCUCCACCAGCUGUGCUCCAUCAGCUGUGUCUCCAUCAGCUGGCAAUACACCAGCUGUCACCCGUCAGCUUGUCUCAUCAGCUGUGUCUCCAUCGGCUGUCCAUCAGCUGUGUCACCGGCUGUGUCAUCACCAGCUGUGUCUCACCAGCUGUCUGUGUCCCCACCAGCUGUGUCACCACCAGCUGUGUCUCCAUCAGCCUGUGUCUCCAUCAGCUGUGUCUCCAUCAGCUGUGAUGUCCAUCAGCUGUGUCACCAGCUUCUUCCUGCUCCAUCGGCUGUGUCACCAGCUGUGUCACCUGUGUGUCCAUCAACUGUGUCACACCAUGUGUCCUGUGUGUCUCCACCAGCUGUGUCCAUCAGCUGUUGUCACCAGCUGUGUCACCACCAGCUGUGUCUCCAUCAGCUGUAUGUCCAUCAGCUGUGUCUCCUAG